AUGGCGAGUAUCGCUGCAAUUUCAUAUGAAAGAAACCACAAUGAACUAAGCAUGAAAACAGGGUUCCGUGGCGGAGGCUUUAGGUUUUUUCUGGGCGCUCUGAAGGCCCGGCGGUCGGAGCACUUCUCCCUCCACACCUGGGCCCGUCGGGCCUGCUUGGAUUGCGGGUCCGCGGCGCCCCGCCUUGCCAUCUCUUCUGUCAGCGCUCCCGGACUCUUCCUCGCUCCCUGCGACUCCCGGCGAGUAUUCCAGACAGAGUCUCAUAUGAAAAUAGUAAAGUCAGAAAUUACAGAAACAGAUGCAGGAGAAAAUGUUCUAUUUAUACAGAACAAGAAUCCAGAAGAUAACUACUGUGAGAUUACUGGAAUGAACACAUUGCUUUGUGCUCCCAUUCAGUCUCAGAUGCAACAGAGAGAGAUUUCAGUUGCAGAACACAGCCAUGAAAAGAAACAUGCACAUGACCAGACAGUCGUCUUUUCAGAUGAAAACCAGAUGGAUCUAACAACAAGUCACACUGUGAUGAUUACCAAAGGCCUUUUAGAUUGUACCAAAAGUGAAAAAUCCACUAAGAUAGAUACCACAUCAUUUCUGGCUAACUUAAAGCUCCAUACUAAGGAUUUAGGAAUGAAAAAGGAAUUAAAUUUUUCCAUGGAUCAAAGCACUUCUUCAGAAAAGAAAAUAAAUUUUAAUGACUUCAUAAAAAGAUUGAAAACAGGAAAAUCUAAUGCUUUAACAGGACCGGAUAAAGAAAAUUUUGAGAUAUCUGUUCAUCCCAAAGAAUCAAAUAGGGCCUCUUCUGUACAUCAAAUGCAUGUAUCUCUUAGGGUAGAUGAAAAUAGCAAUAACAUGACUAGAAUCUUUAGAGAACAAGAUGAUGAGAUGAAUUUCACCCAGUGUCAUACAGCCAAUAUUCAGACUUUGGUUCCCACAUCCAGUGAGACCAGCUUAAGGGAAUUUAAAGGUGAUGAUAUUACAAUUUAUGGCAAUGACUUUAUGGACUUGACAGUUAAUCACACUAUCCAGAAUUUUCCCUCAGCAGAUAAUUUAUCUAAUACAGAAAAUCAAACUCAGAAUGUCAUGAUGGAUAUUCCAACAGCUUAUGGAACUAAAGCUCCAGGAAAGAAGACAUUCUUAAAGAAUAAACUGAGUGCUGCUUUUCAAGACCCUUCUUUCAACCCUAAGGGUGAAAUACAUACUAUCAGAAGUCCUAUUACAGAGACAGAAACUCACAUAGUCACACAGACUUCUAACCAAGAUGCCAGAACAUUGGCCAUGAUUCCAGAAUCUAUAUGUGUGAGCCCAGCUACUCAAGAUCAUAAAACAUUUUUCUGUUCUAGCAGUAAUGAUGCUAUGGAACUAACCAAGUGUCUCUCAGGUAUGAGAGAAGAGAAAAAUUUACUGAAGAAUGAGAGUAAUUAUUCUAAAAUAUAUCCCAAUCCAGAUACCAUGUCUGUUGUCACAGAGAAAACUGUUUAUUUAGGAGAGGAUAGCAUGGACAUUACCAGGAGUCAUACAGUUGCAAUAGAUAAUCAGAUUUUUAAACAAGAUCAGACAAACAUACAGAGAGCAGACACACGAGUAUCUGAAAAAGAAAUGAUGCUCCAAAAUCUCAAAACCAUGUCAGAGGAUGAGGAAAUAAAUAUAAAUUGUAGCUCAGUUCCUCAUGAAUUUAAGGGAAGAUUACAGCAGAGCCUGGCAAAUUCUUCAUCCUUUUCAUUGACUGACAAAAAGACUGAAAUAUUCACAGAUGAAGAUAUGGAUUUGACUAGAAGCCACACAACUAACCUAGGAAGUCAAGUUCCUCUUGCAUCUUACAAUCUAACAUCUGAGAAUACCAGUAAAUUUCACUCUCAAAGCAAAAGCUCUUCAAAUGAAUGGGAAGAAAUGACCAAAAGUCAUAUGGAACCAUCCCAACAGCCAGACAAAAUAUCUAAAAACACCCCAACUGACACCUGGGGCAAAGACAAAGAUCAAGUUUUCAAGAUUGCACCCUAUCUUGACAAAGAUUCUCCUCACUCAGCUGAUGCUAAUCAAGACAUAGCAACAAGCCAUAAUAUGGUAUACUCUGGUGGAAAUCUUGAGAAACAAGUAACACUGGGAAAUAGUGGAAAUACAGUUUUAUGUCAGCAACCUUUAUUUCCUACCACAGAGUCAUUUUCUGUAUUAGAAGGACAGUCUACCAUGAAAAAUCAUAAUAUUGCUGUUAACAGUUACACAGUGAAAUCUGCACCAGGCCAGAAUUCUAAACUGCCUGAGCCACUAAGGAAAAGUUUAGGCAAUCCCACACUUGACUGUUCUCAUGACAAGACAAUUAUUUGUUCAGAGGAAGAACAAAAUAUGGAUCUAACCAAGAGUCAUACUGUUGUCAUUGGAUUUGGUCCUUCUGAGGUACAAGAAUUGGGUAAGACUGAUUUAGAAAAUACUAACAGCCAGCUGACAACAGUAAACAAACAGAUAGCUGUAAAAGUCGAAAAAUGUAGUAAAACUCCUGCAGAGAAAAUUGGAGUAUUUGUUUCUAAUGAUAACAUAGAUGUGUUGGAGGACAAAAGUAUACAGAAACUUGGAUUUCUGAAUGAAAAGCAAGAUGUCAAAAUUUGUGGAAGGAAAAGUGCUGGCAGACUAAAAGUUGAUAAGACUAUUGUAUUUUCAGAGGGUGAUGAGAAUGAUAUGGAUAUCACCAAGAGUUUUACAGUGGAAAUAAAUCAUAAACCUUUAUUAAAUGAACAAGAUUUUCAUUUGGUGCCUUUGGCAGGAACUUCUAAAACUGUUCUGUAUACGUGUGGGCAAGAUGACAUGGAGGUCACUAGAAGUCACACAGCUGCUAUAGAAUGUAAAACUGUCUCACUGGACGAAAUCACUAGGCCUGUUGACAAAACUGUAAUGUUUGUAGAUAAUUACAAUGAACUGGAAAUGACAAAGUCCCACACUGUUUUCAUUGACUUCCAAGCAAAGGAUAGGACUGUGCUUACAGACAGACCUGACUUUGAACUAUGCAAAAGAAAAAGCCCAGAAAAGCCAAGAGUGACAUUUCCUUCUGCAGAGGACAGUGUUUUCUUUCCAGAGAAUGGUGAAAGUGACCAUUCAGCAGCAAAAGUCAACAAGCUAACACCACUGACAGAAUGGCCUAACAUUGGUCCUAUAGAGAAAGCUGUAGGAUUUAUAGCUGGUGAUAACAUGGAAGUGCCUAAAUCAACCGUUUGGAAAAAUGACAAAGAUGUACCAAAGCCUGAACUUCUGAAUGAUACUAUAUCACGCAAAAGUCAGAGAAGGAAAAGCCUUAGUCUCAAAAAUGACAAAACUGCAUUUUUCAAAAAUGAUAAAAAUGGUAUGGAUAUCACCCAGAGUUGUACAGUGAAAAUAAGUAACAAAAGUGUCCUGGAAGAUAGAGAGGAUUCCCGUUUGGUGCCUUUGGCAGGAACUUCUAAAACUGUUUUGUAUACAUGUGGGCAGGAUGACAUGGAGAUGACUAGAAGUCACACAACUGCCUUAGAAUGUGAAACUGUCUCACCAGAUAAAAUAACUACUAGGCCUAUGGACAAAACUGUAAUGUUUGUAGAUAAUCACUGUGAUCUGGAAGUUACCAAAUCCCAUACUGUUUUCAUUGAUUGUCAAGCCACAGAGGAAAUUCUUCAAGAGUGCCCUAAAUUUGGAAUAGCUAAAGGAAAAACCUUGGGUAUUUCUUUUCAUAAUGAUGGUCACUCUAUUCAAGAACUCACUGAAAAACAAGCACUGGCUGUAGAAAACAAAAUUGUUUACUCUGAGCAAAAGCAUCAUGUGAUACCCUCUGUUCCUAUUAAUACAUUGUCUGGGGGUCAAAGUCAGUUAGAAAUGAUCAAAUUCAAUAGGACUGUGGAUGAGCAGGUCAGGGGGAAAGUUGUAGACCAGGCCUAUACAUUGGAAAAAGCCAAAACUGAAAGCUGUCAGUUAAAUAGUACAGAUAGAAGAAACAUGGAUUUUACAAACAGUCAUGCAACUGCUAUGUGUAGAUCCAGUGAUAAUUAUUCCUGUUUACCAAAUGCUAUUUCCUAUUUUGACAAUUUGGAGGGGAAUGUCACGUCCUCAGAUGAUAAAGAUGAGAAAGCCAGUAAUUGCCCAAUGCAAAACGACCUUGUUUAUGCAAACAAUUUAGCCAAUGAAUAUUACUUGAAAUCUGAGGGACUGCCUCUCUCUGCUUCUUGUUCUUUGUUAGAGGAAGAAGUUACUCAAACCAUUACCAAAGGACACUUAGACUGUGCUAUAACAGUGCUCAAAGAUCAAGAUCUGAUUAAGGAGCCCCAAAAUGUGAUAGCUAAUCAAACUUUAAUAUAUAGUCAAGAUCUGGGGGAGGUAACUAAACCUAAUUCAAAGCGAGUAUCUUUUAAGCUCCCAAAGGAUCAAAUGGAGGGCUUUGUUGAUAAGGCAAAACAUAAUUUAAAGAUGACCUUUGUUGAUGAUGUCUGUGUGGCUUCUAAGCCUCAUCUCUCAACCCAGCUAUCUCCAUUAUCUCAACAAGGACAAAUAAUUGUGAAUAAAGAUGAAACAGUAUUGUCUAACACUGGAAAUAAGGAUUUAAAUAUUGUUAUGGGAAAUUCUUCUGUACCCACAUGUGCAAAUGAGUCCAAAAUGCUCAUUAAUGCCCAACAGUAUACUAUAGCCUGUAAAAAAGAGCUGAGGAAAAAUAUUCAGGCAGCUAAAUACAAUACAGACUUCCACAGUAACUCUGACUUGACUAAGCAAGUUAUUCACACUCAUGCUAAUUCUAGAGAAGCAUCAUCUCCUGAAAUUGCAUCUAAUACUGCAAGUUUUAGUAGUGUCAAAUCAGAUCUGAAUAAUUUGAAUGGAAAAACUGAAGAAUUUUUAGAUUUCCAAACUGCUCAUAUACCACCUUCUCCAGAACAAUUACUUGCAUUGGUAAAUAAGGCACACAAUCAUAUGAGUAUAGAGCAAGCUACAGAAAUACAUAAUAUUAACACAGUGUCCAGCAAUGUUGAAGAUGAUAGAGAUAAAGAAAAUAAAAUUUCUCAUAAUGGAACUGAAACUGUCUCUGUACCACUCACAGUUGUAAAAGAUAAAGUAAGGAGACGUUCUUUGGGAAUAUUUUUGCCCAGAUUGCCAAAUAAGAGAAAUUGUAGUGUCACUGGUAUUGAUGACCUGAAGCAGAUUCAAGGAGAUACAGCUGAUUUAAGUCACUUAGAAACUCAACCAGUCUUCAGUAAGGAAUCAAGCAUUGAGUUUGUUGCAACUAAGCUGAACUUAAGUCCAUCUCAAUAUAUAAAUGAGGAAAACCUUCCUAUAUACCCUGGUGAGAUUAAUUCCUCAGACUCUAUUAUCGUAGAAACUGAGGAAAAGGCUUUGAUUGAGACAUAUCAAAGAGAGAUUUCACCAUCUGAAAAUAAAAUAAGAGAAACCAGUAAUAGCCAAAAAAGAACCUGGACACAAGAAGAAGAUGAUAUUCAGAAUGAGACAAAAAUCAGAAAAAGUGAGAUUAGGUUUAUUGAUACUCCACAAGAUCAGGAGAUUUUUGAUCACCAUGCUGAAGGGGAUAUAGAUAAAAAUGCUAACAGUGUAUUAAUAAAGAGCCUAAGCAGGACACCAUGUAGUUGCAGCAGUUCUCUGGAUUCGAUCAAGGCCGAUGGGACUUCUCUGGACUUCAGCACACACCACAAUAGUCAAAUGGAAUCACAGUUCCUCAGAGACACUAUUUGUGAAGAGAGCUUGAAAGAGAAACUCAAAGAUGGGAAAAUUACAAUAAAGGAGUUCUUUAUACUUCUUCAGGUCCACAUUUUGAUACAGAAACCCCGACAGAGCAAUCUCCCAACCAGAUUUACUGUAAACACACCACCUACUCCAGAAGACGUGAUGUUAAGUCAGUAUGUUUACCGACCCAGGAUACAGAUUUAUAGAGAAGAUUGUGAGGCUCUUCGCCAAAAGAUUGAAGAAUUAAAGCUAUCUGCACUGAACCAGGAUAAACUGUUGACUGAUGUAAAUAGGAACCUGUGGGAAAAAAUGAGACACUGCUCUGAUGAGGAGCUGAAGGCCUUUGGAAUUUAUCUGAACAAAAUAAAGUCACGUUUUACCAAGAUGACUAAAGUCUUCACUCACCAAGGAAAAGUGGCUCUCUACAGCAAGCUGGUACAGUCAGCUCAGAAUGAGAGGGAGAGAUUUCAGACAAGGAUAGAUGAAAUGAACAACAUACUUAAGAAGAUUGAGAAAUGUCUCACUGAGGUGGAAAUAGAAACUAAGAAUUUGGAGGAUGAAGAGAAAGACAAUCCUAUGGAAGAAUGGAAUUCAGAAAUGAGAGCUGCAGAGAAAGAACUGGAACAGUUGAAAACUGAAGAAGAAGAGCUCCAAAGAAAUCUCUUAGAACUGGAAGUACAGAAAGAGCAGACCCUUGCUCAAAUAGACUUCGUGCAAAAACAAACAAAUAGAACUGAAGAGCUACUGGAUCAGUUGAGCGUGUCUGAGUGGGAAGUCAUCGAGUGGAGUGAUGAUCAAGCUGUGUUCACCUUUCUUUAUGACACAAUAGAACUUACCAUCACCUUUGGAGAGCCAGCAGUUGGUCUCCCUUUCCUGGACAAGGCUUUCAGGAAGAUUGUUGACCUGAAUUUUCAGUCUCUGUUAGAUGAGGAUAAAGCUCCUCCUUCCUCCCUUUUAGUUCAUAAGCUUAUCUUCCAGUACAUUGAGGAACAAGAAUCCUGGAAGAAGAAAUGUAAAACACAGCAUGAGGUUCCCAAGAUUCUCUCAGGUGAUGAAAUGUUUGCCUCUCCUGCGGCUCUUCUGAUCCUGCAGCAGGCCUCAGCCUCUCGACCCGCGGGCCUUCUCCUCCACUUGCCACUGCUCCUGCUCCCACACCUCCGCCUCCUGCCGCAGUCCCCCUAA